AUGGGAAAUACAAAUAGCUCUCAUAAGAUUUCUUCUCAGGAUAGAGCAAUCCUAGACCUCAAGAACCAACGCGACAAACUACACCAGUACCAAAAACGAAUCAUAGUCCUCACCGACCGCGAAACGGCGAUCGCGAAAGAAUGCCUAGCACGUAAUGACAGGAAGCGCGCUCUUCUAGCGCUCCGUCGCAAGAAAUACCAGGAAACACUAUUGGCCAAGACGGAUGCGCAGUUGGCGCAACUAGAGCAACUGACGUCCCAAGUCGAGUUUGCGUUGGUGCAAAAGGAUAUUCUUUUUGGGUUGCAGCAGGGCACUCAGGUGCUGCAGGCUAUUAAUAAGGAGAUGGGUGGCUUGGCUGCUGUGGAGAAGUUGAUGGGCGAGACGGAGGAUGCUAGGGCGUAUCAGGAGGAAAUAAGCCAAAUGCUCGCUGGGCAAAUGUCCAACCAAGACGAAGACGAGGUCGAGGACGAAUUGGAAGCCCUACAAAGAGAAGCAGAGGGCGUCGUCGAACUGCCCAAGGUUCCCACAGCCGAUCUUCCCGCCGUCACAGAGGAAGAAAAGGAACAAAAAGCAAAAGCUAGAGCAAAGGCAAGGGAACAGGAACGAACCGCCAUGCUGGCUGCUUAA